GGGGCGGCCGGGGCUUCGUCGAGCGAGGGCGGGCCGGGCCCGGUGAGCGAGCCGAGCCGCCGCGAUCCCAUUAGCGGUGAACUCGGGGCUCCGCGGUGCGGGCCGGGAGCGGGCCCGGGCCUCUGCGGGACCGGCCGCUCCAGAGGCCCGCUGCUCACAACGGCGAGGCGAGGUCCGCGCUCGCAUCUGGCCCAGCCCAGGUCAGUUCCACCAUGGAUGGGGGAGAUGGCUCUGCUGACCUCGUGAUAAACAAGAGGUUUGUGUCUGAAGCUGAGCUAGAGGAGCGGCGAAAGAGAAGGCAAGAAGAAUGGGAAAAGGUCCGAAAACCUGAAGAUCCAGAAGAGUGCCCAGAGGAGGCAUAUGACCCACGCUCAUUGUAUGAAAGGCUUCAGGAGCAGAGAGAAAAGAAGCAGCAGGAGUUCGAGGAGCAGUUUAAAUUCAAAAAUAUGGUAAGAGGCUUAGAUGAAGACGAGACAAACUUCCUUGAUGAGGUUUCUCGGCAGCAAGAGCUACUAGAAAAGCAACGAAGAGAAGAAGAGAUGAAAGAACUCAAUGAAUACAGAAGCACUCUCACUAAAGUGGGAGUGGGUAUGGACCCAAAGAAGGAAACUGAGAAGAAAUUGCCCAUGAAGUCAGUGGAAAACAAGAACAAAUUCUCUCAGGCAAAGCUGUUGGCAGGAGCUGUGAAACACAGAAGUUCAGAUGGUGGUAACACUGUGAAGAGGUUGAAGCUCGAUACUGACCACGAAGAAAAGAACCAAGAAAAACCGUCCUGUGUUCCCCUGGGGAGCAGCUCUGUGGGAGGAUCUGCAGUCCACUGUCCGUCGGCUGCGGUCUGCAUUGGGAUCCUGCCUGGCCUCGGUGCCUACUCUGGCAGCAGUGACUCGGAGUCCAGCUCAGAUGGAGAAGGCACCAUCAAUUCCACUGGGAAGAUUGUCUCUUCUGUCUUUCGUAGCAACAGUUUCUUUGAUGGUCCAUAACAAAAUCCCUCCGUGUGUAAUGUAGUGCAGAGUUCACUUCCAAAGCCCUGGUGGAUGUUUGAUGCAUCCCUCUGUCCCAGAUAUAAUAUUUCUAGCUAACCUCUCAACUUUAAUACAUUCAGAUGCUUCUAAAAUAAUUCAUUUUUAUUUUUUCCCCCAUUUUUUUUUUUCAUUUCUGGGGUUCUUACUGAGCUUGAGGUGGGAAGGCUGCCACCCCAAAGCAGAGGGCACACCUCGUCCUGUAGGCGAGGGCUGAGAUAGAGAGGAGAGCACCUUUUUAUGAUUCUCAUGGAAAGAAAGAAUGAAUUUUGGUGAUCUAUGGAGUUUAUACAAGACCAACAGGCAAAAAAAAAAAACCAAAAAAUGCACUUGAAGCACGGAAGUCUUGUAGGAGCAGCCAUGUGUUCUGUUUUAAAAUGUCAUUUUUAUUCUGUAUUUGAGAAAUGGGGGCAGAACAAAAAUCGAGCAGAUGGUGAAGUGUGGAUUGCCAUGACACUGUAAAGAAGUUUUAGUGUUACGCGAUUAAAGACAUUCUGAAUGCA